AUGUUCCAACAACCGCUGUUUUUCAAGACCACACAGCGUCAUAUCGAUCCAUCCUUGGAAUCGAUCGACCGGCCGUUCUUGGACAAGAUGGCCCUUGCUGACUUGGUGGAGUUUUGUCAAGAUCGUGGAUUGCGUACAACUGGCAGCAAAGCUGAGUUGAUUGAUGAUCUAUUGCAUUGGAAAGAAGACACGCGACCUGUGCCUGCGCCUUCAACACCGCAGCUCUUUGAUGAUGAUGAUUAUCCUUUUUCUUCCGCAACAGCCGAACAACAACGCCUCGAGCAACAACGACUCGAGCUCAACUCGCGUGAAUUUUCAGCUUUGUUUUUGGAUGGCAGCCCUGGAUUAGAUAUUCCUUAUGAAGAAUUACGAUUUGGAAGAAGAUUAGGGUGCGGUGGCUUCAAGGAUUGUUAUGCAGGCAUGUACAAGGGCGAGCCUGUAGCUAUUGGCGAGUUACGAUUGACUCAAUUCAACGAGGUGGAUCUGCAAGAAAUCAAGCAUGAGAUUAAUGUGCUCAAGCAACUCCGUCAUGAGAACGUGAUCCGUUUCAUUGGCGUAUGCACCAACCCACAACAUCUGUGCAUCAUCACUGAAAUGUGCGAAAAAGGUGACCUGUUUGACGUGAUCCGAAAAUACAAAAAGCCGAGCUUUGCACAACAGGUCAGCUACAUGUAUGACAUUGCCUUGGGGGUUUCCUAUCUCCAUCAAAGAAGGCCAUCCAUCAUCCAUAGGGAUCUCAAGUCAAUGAAUAUCUUGAUUUCGAGGGAUGAUCGAGCCAAGGUCAAUGAUUUUGGUCUUGCACGUAUCCGACCUAAAUCCAAUGCGCUUAUGCAUACGCAGUGCGGGACUCCGAAUUGGUAA